UUUACAUGGGUAGUGGAGUUGGACGAGCCGCUUAAAAAAAAAAAAAAAAAAAAAAUACGGUUUCUGGACAUGAAGCAUUGCAAUGACAUAAAGUAAAUUAACGCGGUAGGUUUGAUUCGUUUUCUUGAGCGCCAAGUCUUUAAUUUGCGCGUCAUUGCCCCGCGAAAGAGGUUAUAGACAAACUCUAGUCCAAUGGAUCCCAGGACCGCUUGGAUCCAGCCGGAGCAGAAGGGACCUGCCAAUUCCCUGUGGAUGCACAUUUGGGAGACCUCUCAGGGAUUUAGGGCAAACCCCGGCACCGACAACCACCUCCACCGCAACUUUGCGGCGCAAAACUCAGCGGAGUCCAACGGCGAGUAUUGUAAAAAUGUUGCAUCGGCACCGGGGUGUGUGUUUGGGAAACUGCCGAAGCGAGACUGCGGAGGAGAGAGGAUGAACGUCCGGAGGAAGGGCUCGUUGUCGCCGUCCUCCUCCUCUCUGGACUCGGAGGCCGAGAGCUCCUCGCCCUCGGGCUCCUCGCUGCAAAUCGAUAAUUUGAACGUCGCAGAGGAGGCCAGCCGGUUUUUACACUACGGCGAGCACGAGCUGAACGAGACCAACCUCCGGCAGCAGUAUCCCCCUCCGCCUGUUCACGCCGUUCAGCAACACUGUCGCAUCAUGCAACAACCCGGCGGCCACACCCCCGCCAGUACGAAACCCCAUCAGCAUGGGAGCAGCAAGCAGCAGCACCAUCACCACCAGUCCCAGUCGAGCGGCCGCAGGAGGCAUCUGAGCAGAGCCAACACGUUCCACGGCCUCAACCCGCUGCUGUCCUCCGGCUGCAAUGGCCACCACGUAGACUCCUCUUGUAGUGUGUGGAAAUCCAGGCGGUACAGCCCUGGCAUUAAUGGUCUUCAUGAAGAAAUUGUGGACUUUUUCAACUUCAUGUCACCACGACCGGAGGAGGAGGCCAUGAGAAGAGCUGUGGUGAACAGAAUAGAAGGUGUCAUCAAGGACAUGUGGCCCACAGCGCGGGUGGAGAUAUUUGGCAGCUUCAGCACAGGGCUGUAUCUUCCAUCCAGUGACAUUGACCUGGUGGUGUUUGGAAACUGGGACCAUCCCCCACUGCAGGAACUGGAACGUGCCCUGAGAAAACGCAAUGUGGCGGGGCCAUAUCCCAUUAAGGUCCUCGACAAAGCUACUGUGCCAAUCAUCAAGCUUACUGACCAUGAAACGGAGGUGAAAGUGGACAUCAGCUUCAAUGUAGAGACGGCUGUUAAAGCAGCACAGUUAAUCAAAAGCUAUCUGAAGAAGUACACCGUUCUGCCACCUCUGAUCUUCGUCCUGAAGCAGUUCCUGCUGCAGAGAGAUCUGAAUGAAGUCUUCACUGGAGGGAUCAGCUCUUACAGCCUUAUUCUCAUGGCUAUCAGCUUCCUGCAGUUACACCCUCGAAUCGACACUCGGCGUACCAACAUCAACCUGGGCAUCCUGCUGAUCGAGUUCUUUGAGCUGUACGGCCGAGACUUCAACUACAUGAAGACCGGCAUCAGGGUGAAAAAUGGAGGCACUUACCUGUCCAAGGAGGAAAUGCUCAAAGCCAUCGGGAGUGAAACCAGGCCCUCCAUGCUCUGCAUAGAAGACCCAAUACAGCCAGGUAAUGAUGUUGGCAGGAGCUCGUAUGGUGUUUUGCAAGUCAAGCAGGUGUUUGACUUUGCCUACAUGGUGCUGAGUCAUGGAGUGUCUCCUCUAGCUCGUGCUUACCCCAACAAAGAGUAUGACAGUACUUUAGGACGCAUCAUCAAAGUCAGCCCGGCGGUGUUGGCCUACAGGGAAUGGACAAUUAAGAAGUGGGGAGCCAAUCAGCACGCCAAGCUCGAGAACCACGAUGUAGAGACCUGUGAACAGGACCUAGCCAGACUCUUGCUGGUUUCUGUGGAGGAUCAGAGAGACGCUUCCUCCCCCCUCAGUGCUGACUCCCUCUCACCUUCUCCAGUCUUCCUCCCCAGCCCUCAACACCACUCUUCAUCAUCCUCUGCAUGUUCGCUCUCCUCCUCCUCCGGAAGUGACAUAGAGUCUGAUUCUCCUGUGAGCAGUAACGCUGCCAUCCAACUCCACCCCCUAACCCUGGCCUCAGUCCAUUCAGUGAUGCAGAUGGCUACUGACCUGAGGGCCACUCACCCAGCAGGCUUUCUCCACACGAUGCCUCAGGUCCAGAUGUCCCUCCCAGAAAACCUUACCAUGCCCUCGCUCACUGAUUGCCAGUUCUACCAUGAAAGUCCAACUACAAUCAGCAUUGUGCAUCGGCACAUGUCCCAAGCUGCCCACAUCUCCCAGCACACUAACUCCACAAGCCCUCUUCCCAGCCCCCUUCACCAGCUCCACCACCCUCAGAUGGGAGGGCACCAUGGCCACGCGUACACCAUGCGGUCCAGUUCCCAAGGCUCACUCGAGCCGCACAAAGUUGGCUUAAAGCACAACCAAGGUGGAGGCCUCCAAGGUCAAAAUCCCUCUCACUGUACCUUCAGUCCCCAACGGCGGUUUGUUCCCCAGGGUCAUAACCCGGCGCUGGGUUCCAGGAGCCAGCAGCAGUACAACUGUACCACCUGGCGGCACAGGAAGAGGGAAAAUCUUCCUGCUCUUAACCAGAGCAGAUGAAAGGCGUGUAUGACAGGCAAUGUUUUUUUUUUUUUUACGGCCACACUGGCCCCGUCAUGAGUCUUUGAGUCGGGGAGCUGUGAAGCAUUCAUGAUGCAGCUGUUUUGUUGUCGGAGACUCUCAAAAACACACCUACUUUGUGCUGGAAUUCACAAGUCGACUGAAGUUGUCUCCAAAGGAGUCAAAGGAUUAAUCUCUGCUAGCUCUCGUGCAAACACUGAGUGCUGCUGCGAAGAAGACUGUAAAAGGCCUGAAGUCUUAACUGUGCUUCAUGUUGCUCCAUCGGUCUGGUGAUAGUCGGAGGCACCUCCUCUAAAUGACAUGCACACCAGCACAGACUUUGAGUUGGAUUACUGAUGCCCGCACUGGGUCUUGCUCUUCUCCCAGUGACACUUUGCAGCAGCUACAGUUGGCUAAAAGGUUCUGUCGAGUAUCGAGUUUCCAUGACACUUAAAAACCUUUUUACAAAGCAACAUCGUGUGCCAUAGUACUGACUUAAUUAUCAAACCUGGUCUCUCUUGAAGUUUUGACUCUUAUUGGGCCUUAUUUGAAUUUGUUUUGGCCUCAUCUGGUCUUCUGAAUGCAACUCUCCAACGGGUACGGUUAUGAUUCAGAGUUCUUACAGCUUGGACUGUCCUCCACAAAUUGUACUCUGGGCCGGAGCGAAGCACUACCUUUCUACCUAUGCAGCGCAACGCUGACUUGAUGUUUUUGGUGUGACGGCACAAAGCGGAUCUCAUCUAAAGUGCUUAAACUGUGAUGACUUGUCUGAAUGUACCAAAUGUUUCUCUUGUGUGUGUUGGUCAUGUGUUACCUUGUUGUUUCCUUUGUUCACAUUGGCACUGAUGUUAUGUCUUUUUGUAUUGUAAACAUUGCCACCUUAUUUUAUGUUUGUUGCGUUCAUGUGCAAUAAUUGUUUUUUUUAAUUUAUCUCACAUUUUGGUUUUAUUUGAGUGGUUGUCCCCACUAUGUUUGCUCUUAUUCUUUAUUUUGUUUGUAUUAUUUGUCGACAUUGAUCUGUGCAAUAGAUGGAUUUAAGGGCCUUGAGUCUGUGUGCGUGUGUGUCUGUGUGCGUGUGUGUGCAGCUUUCCAACAGAAGGGGGAGCUAUGGCAAAGCAACAUGAGAAAUGUGCCAAAAAUGACAUGAUUUACCAUUGCAUUACGAUCACUUCAAUGUUUUAUCACCACUGCUCAUAUCACUUUUUCAGUCGUUAACUUUUUAUUUGGCUGCAUUUCCUCCUCAAUAGCCUGAGGCUGUACUGGAGGAAAUGCACCUUUUUCCAUUGUUUACUUGUGUCAUUUCAAUAAUAGUUGGUGCUACUUAUUACCAGCAAAGUGCAUUUUCUGCCUUAUAUGUCUGUUUUGAUUCUGUUAAAGCAACAGGUUAACUGCCUUCUUAAAUGACCAAAUUUGCCCUUUCUUUCCCUGUAUGUCGUCAUCUUUCUGUUCCAUUUGUUUCUAUAAGCACUGCCAGGUUUACUUGGAUUUUAUUUGUACAACCAGAUUCUAGUUGUAUGUUCCAGGAGUUGAUUCCUACUGCAGUCAAUGAUUGUUAACAUCAUGUCACGUUUAUUUUUUUAAUUCAAAGGUCAUGAUUCUAAAAGGCAAGAGGUCCUUCCUCCUGUAUUUAGUCAGCAUUUCUACAUCUUGUAAAACAAGGUGUGAAAGCUACAUAAUUUACACAGCAAUCCAGAAGGGGACUUGAGCUUGGGAUGUCGCAGCGUCGCCAUAACUGGAGUUUUGGUCGAGCCAUGAACAAAACCAAAUGUUGUGCUUGUCAUGUGUUUUUAGAAGUCUGUGACUAUUGUUAACACCCUGCACACCAAUAUGAUACUCGACCUGAUGUCAUUAUCCCGUCGUCUUCAAAGCCCUCGAGAGGAUGAUUGAUGCAUUGUUGCAUCAUAGUGCCACAAACCAAAUCCCUAGAUCAAAUGUGUGGUUAAGGAUGGGUUGCUAUGUGUAAUUGACUGACAUACAGAUGUAUACCUUGGUUUUUUUAUGUAGGUUUUUCUAUUUUUUUAAUAAACAUUUUAAAACUA